ACCAAUAAUUCUUUCGAGCACAAUUUCACAUGCUAACAACGUUGGCUCCAAAAUUUCUGGUAAAUUUUUGAAAAAAACAAGAAAUUUGAAAGAAGGGUGUAAAGGGGUUGUUGCGUGGCUCCCGCCAUGAGUGCUCAGGUGUUGGAGAGACAACGGAGCUCUUCGUCUUUGCCUGAAGACCAUGUAGACAACACCAAGACUCUGAUUUGUGCACUUAGUUUCCUUUCUCGCAAUCUCCCUCUUCCUCCUGACGUUUUCGAUGCUGUCUCCUCCAUCUACACCGCCGCCGCCGCUGAAGAUGGCGACGAUGGUGUUGACUCCGCCGCCCACGGUGGAUCUGACGGCGAUAAUCAAGUGGACGAUGCUUCAUCGCCUCUCAGGUGUAAUUAUGGUUUGCUCAUUGGAAAAUAUUGCAGUAAUAACCUUCAAUUUUCAAAUGGAGGAGAUUUAAUGGCAGACCUUGAGGAUGCUCUGGCUACGCGUCAAUCUAAUCACAUAACGGGUGCUGAAAUGGCAGAAGCAAGGAAAAAUCGGAUUGAGAGCCACAUCCAGAGUCGCUUGACUCAACUGGCAGAAUUGUCUACACACAGAGGUGAGGACCUGCAGUCAAAGUGCUUGCUUGAACUCUAUGGACUUAAGCUAGCGGAGCUGCAAAGAAAAGUGAGGUCAAAUGUGAGCUCAGAGUACAUGCUGUGCUUAAAUUGUGUGUAUCCUGAGAAGAAACUCUUUGAUUGGGGAAUGAUGCGGCUGUCUCGUUCUUCAUAUGGCGUGGGGGAUGCCUUUGCUGUUGACUCAGACAACCAUAUGAAGAAGAAACGUGAUGCUGAGAGACUAACAAAAUUGGAGGAGGAAGAAAAGAACAGAGUAGAAACUAGGAAGAGGAAAUUCUUUGCAGAAAUACUUAAUACAAUACGUGAACUCCAGUUGCAAGUGCAGGCUGCUCAGAAACGUCGGAAGCAGCGAAAUGAUGGUGUUCAGGCAUGGCAUGGAAGGCAGAGGCAGCGUGCUACUAGGCAAGAGAAAUUGAGGUUCCAAGCUUUAAAGUCAGAUGACCAAGAAGCUUACAUGAGAAUGGUUGAGGAAAGCAAAAACGAACGGUUAACAAUGCUUUUAGGGAAAACAAAUGAUCUCCUUGUUCGUUUAGGAGCUGCUGUUCGACGCCAGAAAGAUGCUGAGCAUGAUGGUAUUGAACCUUUGAAUGCACCAGAAGCCGGCUUGCAUGAUUCGUCUGCUAAAAAGACUGAAACUCCUAACGAAUCACUUCCAGAUGAGGACGAUGAUUUAGUUGAGACCAAACUUGAUAAUGGAGUAAAAACAUCCGACUUACUGGAAGGUCAACGACAAUAUAAUUCAGUCAUCCAUUCAAUUCAGGAGAAGGUAACGGAACAACCAUCAAUACUUCAGGGUGGAGAACUAAGACCUUACCAGUUAGAAGGGCUUCAAUGGAUGUUAUCUUUAUUUAAUAACAAUCUGAAUGGAAUAUUGGCUGAUGAAAUGGGAUUGGGCAAGACAAUUCAAACCAUCUCCUUAAUAGCAUAUCUCAUAGAAAACAAGGGCGUGACUGGGCCUCACUUAAUUGUGGCGCCGAAAGCUGUACUACCAAACUGGAUUAAUGAAUUUUCAACAUGGGCUCCAAGUAUCAGCGCUUAUCUUUAUGACGGACGUCUUGAUGAGAGAAAAGCAAUGAGAGAAGAGUUGUCAGAUGGAAAGUUUAAUGUGCUGAUCACCCACUACGAUCUUAUAAUGAGAGACAAAGCAUUUCUGAAGAAAAUUCCUUGGUACUACAUGGUUGUUGAUGAAGGACAUCGGUUAAAGAAUUCAGAAUCUGUGCUUGCAAAGACUCUUGUCUCCGGCUACCAAAUUCGACGAAGGCUUCUGUUAACCGGCACCCCAAUACAGAAUAGUUUACAAGAACUGUGGGCCCUGCUUAAUUUUCUCCUUCCCACCAUUUUCAAUUCUGUUGAGAAUUUUGAGGAGUGGUUUAAUGCACCAUUUGCAGAUAGAUGUGAUGUUUCUCUAACAGACGAAGAAGAGCUGUUGAUCAUUCGUCGACUACACCAGGUUAUAAGGCCAUUUAUUUUGAGAAGGAAGAAGGAUGAGGUGGAGAAGUACCUUCCACAGAAAACACAGGUCAUACUAAAAUGCGAUAUGUCAGCAUGGCAGAAAGUAUACUACCAGCAAGUCACCGAUGUUGGGAGGGUUGGAAUGGAUACUGGAACGGGUAAAUCCAAAAGUUUGCAAAACCUAUCGAUGCAGCUCAGAAAGUGUUGUAACCAUCCUUACCUAUUUGUGGGUGAAUAUAAUAUUUGGCGCAAGGAAGAGAUUGUGAGAGCAUCAGGAAAAUUUGAGCUACUUGAUCGGUUAUUACCUAAACUUCAUCGAGCAGGGCACAGAGUACUCCUUUUCUCACAAAUGACUCGUUUAAUGGACAUUCUCGAAGUAUAUCUUCAACUACAUGACUUUAAGUAUCUGAGGCUCGAUGGUUCAACAAAGACAGAAGAAAGAGGCACUUUGCUAAAGCAGUUUAAUGCUCCGGAUUCUCCUUUUUUCAUGUUUCUCUUGAGCACACGUGCAGGAGGUCUUGGUCUCAAUUUGCAAACGGCAGAUACUGUGAUUAUAUUUGAUAGUGAUUGGAACCCCCAAAUGGACCAACAAGCAGAGGAUCGAGCUCAUCGUAUUGGUCAAAAAAAAGAAGUGAGGGUCUUUGUUUUGGUCAGUGUUGGCUCGGUUGAAGAGGUGAUAUUGGAGCGGGCGAAGCAGAAGAUGGGCAUUGAUGCCAAAGUGAUACAGGCUGGAUUGUUUAAUACAACUUCCACAGCUCAAGAUAGGCGAGAGAUGCUUAAAGAGGUGAUGCGUAGAGGUACAAGUUCACUCGGAACAGAUGUACCAAGCGAGAGAGAAAUUAAUCGUCUAACGGCCCGAUCAGACGAGGAGUUUUGGCUUUUUGAGAAGAUGGAUGAUGAAAGAAGACAAAAAGAGAGGUACAGAUCUCGACUUAUUGAAGAUCAUGAAGUACCAGAUUGGGCUUACACCAAACCCGACAACCCAAAGGACAUGAGGGGUAAAGGGUUUGACUACGAAACUGCUAAUCUCUCUGGAAAACGACGUAGAAAAGAGGUCGUGUAUGCUGAUACGCUUAGUGAACUACAGUGGAUGAAAGCCGUUGAACAUGGAGAUCAGUACUUGAAACAUCACCCAGCUAAAGGAAGAAAGGAACAAAUACCUGAAAGCUCCAAUACUCGUAACAAUGUGGAAGAUGAUGUGAUGGAAUUGAAAAACGUAAGUGAACGUGGCUCGGGUUUGACGUUAAAAAGGAUGAAAUCCCCAAGAAACGAGCAUUUGAACGUGGAUGAUGGAAGUAGUAGUGGUGUUGGAGACUUGCCAACAUGGAAGACACAUAAGAAAAGAUCAAUCCUUCGUUAUGUCGGGUGAUUCUGGUAGAAUUUGUGUUUUUUGGGAUCCUGACGAUGAAAAUGUGGUGUUAGAAUUAUAUAGUUUUGUGUUGUAACAUGGUGCAAUAGGGUUAAGAUGGUUUACUUUGAGGCCAUUGACAGCAUAUGGGUUUUUGAUGGUGGCCAUUAUUAUUUCAGUGUAUCAUGUGCUACGCAUAUAAAGCAGUUCUGUAUGAUGUCACCCUGUGUUUUUCACUUAAA